UUUCGGUAGCCUCCUCGCCCAAAACCACACAUUCGAGCACCAAUGCGUGUUAGCCGUGGACAGACUAAAGACAGUAACAGUGCAGCAGAACUACAGGAGAAGAUUAAAGAACUCAUUGAGGAAAGAAACAAAAUGAGAAUAAGGAUAACAGAGCUAGAAGAGCAAUUGAAAACUUUGAGAAGCAGUAGAGACACCCAAGAUAUUGCUGUGUUGGUGGAUGCAGCUGCAGAGUUAUGCCUACAUGACCAUAAGAGGGAGUGGAACAUAGAGGAGUUGGGUGCUGAAAGGUUAACAGUGGUGCCUGACGACCUUGACUCUGUCUUCACUAACAGCAGUCCCCACACAGAAGAGGAUAAACCUUGUAAUUUGAAAGAUAAUCAGUGUGAGGGUGAAGCGUUAAAUGAACAUCAGUCAAAUGUAGAUGUGGUAGACCCCAAGCAACUGGUCUCUGUCGGUGAUGAUUGCUCAGGGUUGAACAUCAAGCAGGACCACUUAAAGGCAUCUGCAGAAAACCAGUCCCUUUCUGAGAAUGAUGUGCAAAUUCUGACGGAAACCAUUGAUCAUCUAACACAACUGCGUGAUAACCUGGAAGCUUCCAUACUUAUAAAAGAUGAUUUAAUUGCUGAACUCCAAGUGCAGCUUGACGAAGUGGUGGUGGAAGGCCGAGGUUACCAGGAGAAAAUGGAAUCUUACAAGUGUAAGACAGAGCAGCUUGAAGAGGAGAUUGAGAACAGUUUUAAAGAACGCAACGAAGCUGAGGGCAAAGUGAGGAGUUUGGUAUGCAAGUAUGAAGCAUUAAUGAAGGACCAGAUGAAGGAGAAAGAGAAACACUUAGAACUUCUAGCCAAGAAAGACAUUGAAAUAGAGCUGCUGAAUGGUAGCUUGAAUAAGCUAAAUAUGAAGAUCACUGAAUACGAACAAACACUCUCCAGUCUUCAGGAUGAAGCAAGUCAACAACGUUCUAAAAUCUCUCUCCUAGAAUCUACUGUUUUUGAUCUUAGUAUGAACACUAAAGAAAAGGUCAUUGGAUCAAUGUUGGAGGAAGAACUUAAUCAUCGAACUGAAGAGGUUAGUAAACUAGAAGAAACAAUAAGUGAAGUAAAGAGUAAGCUUAGUGAAGUUCAAGAAGAGAAGGACACUUUAGCUGCCAACCUAGAAGCUGAGAAGAAGAAAACUGAAGAAUUAAAUGAGAGAAUUUGCCAGCUUGAGAUGCAGAUAAAGGAGAAGGAAGUAGUACAGCAGUUCUUAGAAAAAGAGAUAGCUUCACGUGAAGCUGAGGUAUCGGAGUCGUCAACAAAGAUAGCAGAACUUGAGAAUGAUCUGGAAACAGCUCGCCAGGUUGCUUUAGACUUGCAACAAGAUGCAGAAGCACAGCUCAACCAAGUGCUCACACUGAAGGCAACAAUUAGUGCCAAGGAUUAUGAUCUAGAUGCUAAAGGAGAACUAAUUGCAACACUCCAAGAUGAGAUAAGUCAGAAGGCUAAUGAGACGACAAUUUUACAAGAGAAGUGGGAGACACAAUCUUUAACCACAUCAAAGAUGAUCACUGAAUACGAACAAACACUCUCCAGUCUUCAGGAUGAAGCAAGUCAACAACGUUCUAAAAUCUCUCUCCUAGAAUCUACUGUUUUUGAUCUUAGUAUGAACACAAAAAGAAAAGGUCAUUGGAUCAAUGUUAGUAAACUAGAAGAAACAAUAAGUGAAGUAAAGAGUAAGCUUAGUGAAGUUCAAGAAGAGAAGGACACUUUAGCUGCCAACCUAGAAGCUGAGAAGAAGAAAACUGAAGAAUUAAAUGAGAGAAUUUGCCAGCUUGAGAUGCAGAUAAAGGAGAAGGAAGUAGUACAGCAGUUCUUAGAAAAAGAGAUAGCUUCACGUGAAGCUGAGGUGAAUGACUUGGAGGAUAAGAUAUCAGUUUUAGAAGCAGAAAAAGAAGAGAUUAGGAAAUCAUAUGAGAAACAGUUGGAGGAAAAAUCUAGUUUUGUGAUGCAAGUAACAACUAAGCUCGAUGAACUAAAGAAAAAGUAUGAAGGUAAUGAAGAUCAACUGGACAAUUUACAGACUUCUUUGUUGGAAAAAACAGCUGAGGCAGAAGACUUGCAAAAGAAAUGUGAAAAUGUCACUCAAACGCUUGACUUGAUUAAAGAGGAGAUCAGCACCUUGGAAACCAGUAAGAAUAUUCUGAAAGCUGAACUUGAUGACACAAGCAGUACUUUAGCUGAAAAAGAAGCCAUGUUGAAAUCUCAGGACCAAACAGUGGCAACACAAAGUGAAAACAUUAAAUCUCUAAACAAGAAACUUGAAGAGAAGCAGUUGGCACUGGUAGAUUGUGAGAAACGCCUCUUGAAUUAUGAUGAUCUUGAGAAGCGGCUAGUCAAACAGAACGAGGAGGCUGCUAAAAGUAUUUCCACUCUCCAGGAGGCUCUGGAAAGUACCAAAAAUACACUGUCCAGACUGGAGAUAACAUACAGUGAGGAAAAGACAGCAGAAGUGUCCCGUAUGACACAGUCUCUGGAAGCUGUUAUUCAAGAUCUUAGAAACACAAAUGCAUCAUUGCUAGAAGAGCUAAACUCCUGGAAGGACAAGUUCCUACAUCUAGAAAAUAUGAUUGAGCCUUUCAGAGAACAACUGGAUGCCUAUGAAGUGGAAAAAGCAAUGCUACUAGAGCGUAAUUCUGCUGCCAUUGAUGAAGCUGAGAAACUGAGUAAGCAGUAUGCCACUCUCCUGGGUCAUCAGAAUCACAAACAGAAGAUCCAACAUGUUCUGAAGCUCAAGACUGAGAACAGCCAGCUUAAAGAAGAGGUGUACAAGCUACGGCAGGAAACUGAACGGCAGCGCAAGAAUGUCAGAAGACUGGAGGAGAAGAUAGCCAAACUGUGUGGAUCAAGUCGUCUGAAUGAUACUACUAGAUUUCUUAGUGAUAAGGAAAAUUCUUUUAAUGUUACUGCUAAUCCAUCAAUGUCAUCAACUCCCCUUAAACCUAGUCAUAAACCUCACAGAUUUUAAUGGAUAGCAGAUAUAUAGCAAAUAUUUUAAUUGCUCAAUUAAUCAGGGUUUAUGGAUUCUGUCUACAUUGUGGUUUGAAAUAUAGUGGAAUGUUAUAUGUAUUGUGAUUGCAGAAAUUGAGCAUGUUGAAAGUCACCUCAUUGCUUUAUUAUUUUCUUGGUACAUUUUUUUUCAUUAAAUAAAAAAAUAUUUCCCAUGAAUGCUGCAGGGAGAUGAAAUUGUUUUUUUUAUUUAGUAGUUAAAAGUCUUAAAUUUAUAAGUAAUUAUCAAAAUGUUUCAAUUGCUACACAGAAAAACAUGUAGCUGACCACUUGGGUCAGUGAAAAUAAACACACAGUAAUGUUUGCAUGAGUUGCCUGCCAUCAUGAAUAUUGAUUGUGGAAAGAAAAUGGCAGUAAUCCUACCAGACUGCAAAAUAUGAGGUUUUAGUUUCUCUUACGUUGGAUGGUUACCUACCUUUGGUCUGUGUGUCUGAAGUACUUAGCAUUAUGGCAAAGCAUGAGAAUCAAAUACUCUUUAUUACUGGUAUUGUAUAGCAUUUUACACAUAAUUAUAUUACUUUUUCUUCCAUUUGUAAAUAGCAUCAUAACAAACAUUGACACCCAGUUGGUAUUUAGCAUUCAUAUUUUCUACAUCACUUAGUGUUGUCUUUUAUUUCCUAAAUAUCUGUAUUUUAAAAAUUUCUGUAUUUGUUUAUUUUUAUAGUAAUAAAAUAUUUGAC